GGGGCCGAGCAUACCUAGAGCUUCAGUAAUUCUCCAAUUAAAUUAAAUUCGCCAGCAUGGGUAAACCAAAGAUUCCAAAGUUUUCAAAAGAAAAGGAAAAGAAGCCGGCCAAAAAGCAAUUCGAGCCGACGACGUUUGAAGACUUCAUGGAAGAGGGUGUGGAGCUAGAAGAGAAGGGUGAACGAUACGGCGAUGGAGAUAAAUCAAAACGCUUUUAUGAACGAGCAAGUGAAAUGUACGCCAAAGCACACGAGCUUAAUAAGACGGACUCGGACUGCCUUUACAAUUGGGGACGAGUGUUGUUUGUGCUGUUACAGUAUCUACCAAAGCGAAGUGCUCCUGUCGACAAACUCAAACUUAUCGACUUGUCCAUACAAAAAUUUCGACAGGCGCUGGCUAUCGACAACAAAAAUGCAGACGCUAUGUUCAACCUUGGUCAGGCGCUGAAUACUCGAGCAGAAACGGUCCAGGAUGUGGAUGAAAUAGAAGAUGGAUACAGUCAAGCAGCUUUGGCAGUGCAAGAGGCUAUUUCAAUUUUAGAAGAAGCCUAUGCCCUGCAAGAGCAAGAGCUUAUGCCACAACUGGAAAAUAUGACAAUUGAAGAACAACCGGAUGAGGAAGAACAUUCACAUGAUCAUGACCAUAGCCACGAAACGACUACACCAGAUGCGUCCACUACCGUCACUGAAGUCAUACCUACCACUGCAUACACAUUAAUAGACACCCUUGUUGCCUCUGCUAAUGCGCUUUCCACCAUGGCAUCGAUGCUGGCCAAUUAUGAGAAGGCUGUCGAUUUGUUUAACAGCGCUCAAGACAAGUUAAAGCAGGCCGAGAAAUGGCUAUCCCAGGCAUCACGCGAAACCGAAAAGGAUUACCAACAGGCAGUCAUUCAGAUCGCCCUGCAGCAUGCACAAACGCUAGCCUUACUUGCCGAUAGGUCAAUGACGGCAUCGGGCCAAGUGGACGACAAAACCUACACCUUGGCAUUGGAAAAGCUUGACUUCGUCACGAGCAAAGUCGAUAGCCGCCAUUGUGAAGCAAUGUGUGAUCGAGGCGAUCUCCUUAGUCAAUAUGCACAAGCUAAGCAGCAAACAUUUAUUCGGAGUGGGCGCAAGCUGGACGGCGACCCGAGCGGGAAAGAAGUUUGGCAACUUUAUUCUCAAGCCAGUAAAUCUUUUCAAGAAGCGCUGCAGAUUGAACCAAAAAACAACAACAUUCUACGAAAACUCGGAGACAUUAGUUUGGUCAGAGCGCAACUUCCCAUGAGUGUAGCCGAUAAAAAUAAGCAGCAAUUGUUGAAAAACGCAGAGUUUUACUAUAAGCAAGUGCUGGAGUCGGAUAAGGAAGACUUGUAUGGCGCGUGGCUGGGCUGGGCUAUGAGCUCCUGGGCCCAAGGCGAGUGGUGUCAAACUCCGGGUAAAAAAGGUGAAGCGGAAAAGAUUAUCAAAAUGUGGAUAAAACGAGGAGGUCAUGAUGAAAUUAUUCAAGACGCUUACGAGGAAUCCGAUUGCUAUCCCAAGGCGUUCAUAGACUGGGUCAUGACUGAAUUCUUUGCUGAUGAAGAUGACAGUGAAUAAAAAGACAAAAGGUUGUUUGUUGAUAUGUAUUUGUUUCAUUCGGGUAUGGUUAUUUUUGUCCAAAAGCCUCUGCUGACAUUCCCCGGGAGACUGAAAUAACAACGGCAAGCCUAUAAAAGUGGCAAGGUACAUUGGCC